UGAGGGUGAGUAAUUAAUGACGGAAUUUUCAUUUUUGGGUAAACUAACCCUUUAAUAGAUUUAGUUUUCAUUAUAGUGAUAAUAAUCCUGUACUAUAGCAACUAAACCUGCAUUCUUCUCAGCUCCAGACAUCUUAACCUGCAUAACUUUCAUGUGUUUUGAUGUUUCAGUGUAAAAAAAGGCCUAUAUUUGGUUGCAGUCUAUAACAUUAACAAUAACUGAUUUACUUUUCUUUGGUGAUUUAGUCCAAGGACUCCUCGUGACUUUCCUGACACGAUCAAAUUCUAGACAGCAAACAGAUUAUGAAGGGAAAAUGGAGAGUUUGUUUGGCAGGGCCAGUAAUGAGGUGGCUAAGUGCCAGCUGGUCCCAAAACCAUUUUAGUUCAAUAUGAUCAACCCAGCAUGGUGUUAACGUGCACGCACACACGCAUACCCACAAUGCCUCCCUUGUGUUCGUGCAAGUUUCUCUCAACACACAGGGCUAUUGUCCUCUUCAUCAACAGCUUUGGAGAUUAUUUUCGAUCGUUUGGAUGGAUAGACAAGGAUGAGAUGUGCAAUAUCCACUUGGACAUAUUAAUAGUGAUAGCAUGGUUUUUGGAUACUACUAUGACGGCAGAUCAUAACCAUCAGAGUCAUAAUUCUGCCUGUGCUCAACCACUUAUUGGACCUGGUGAAUCAGAUUUAAUCUCUGAUCUUGGAUCAAUGAUAGACCCUGAUCAGACGUGGGCCAGAGAAGAGGAUUUAGACCAGAGCAAGUUGCUUCCUGAGCAAACGGACAGCGGUUACUAUGAGGAGCUCAUCAGGCCCAAAAAGCUCCACAAUCCCAUCAAAGCGUCCAAGAGCCAUCGGGAGCUCCAGCGAGAGCUGAUUAUUACACACAAAAGAGGAGCAGUGAUGGAGGAGAAGCCAGAGUUACAGAGAGUUCUGGAACAGAGGAAUAGAGCUCAAGCUCUGAAACAAGACAGAAAGCAGGAAGAAGAAAAAUCACCCCUGGAGCAGGAGUUACUGAAGAGGCAGAUGAGGUUAGAGAAGAUUGAGCGGGAGGCCGACGAGCAGAGAGAGAGGUCAAAGUGCGCACCUGAGUUCAUUAGGGUCAAGGAGAGUCUGAAGAGGACAUCGAUAGCAAGUGCUGUGGAGAAAGAGCUGUAAUCACCUACAACAUCAUAGAUCUACAUGAGUGUUGAUGCUCCUCCAGCUGCUGAUUUGACAGUUCUUGUUAUAGCUUGGGUUUGGAUUUUGAAUGAAAUCAAAGAAUGUGAAAAAACAAUAUUGAAGACAAGAAAGUUGAAAGUUGGCUAAAGGCCCGUUCACACCAAGAACGAUAACUAUGACGAUAACUAUAUUUGCGUCCACACCAACGAACGAUAAUGAUCUGUUUAUUCUUAGUUCAUGCGCUGCGGUUUCAAAGUGUGUACAUGUUUUUGCUGUUCUUGUUGCAUUUACACGCUUUAACCACCAGAUGUCCUCAGCAUGCUAUGUUUCGAGUGAAUAGCUAGUGUAAUCGAUGUAACCUAACAGUUAAUUUAGCUGAGGAAGUCAAUAUAGAGGAAUAAAAACAACGCCUAGACUUUUUCACUGCAAAAUCAAAGGAAGCAAGACAGUGUUGUCGAAACUAGCGCUGGAUAUCUGAGGUAAUUAUAUGUUACAAUGUUUGCUAGCCUGACAUAAUGAUCUCAUCAUUAAUACUUCUCACCAUUUAGCCCGAGGGUAUGACCGAUUGUUUUCCAUAUAUCUAUUUUCUUUAAAGUAUCAGUGAAAAGGGGGUUUGACGUGUCAAAUAGUGUUAGCUUUUUCUGGACCUCGACGAUUAACUUCUCUGCAAUGUCGGCUGCCACUUUAAAUGCGCGAGCCCUUAAAUUAGAAUGUAUUCUGAUUGGCUGACAGUGUUUUAUCGAUCAACAGCUGAAAAAAAUCAUUCUGAAAGUGAUCCCAACGAUAUCGUUUCUCUGUAUCAUUAUCGUUAUAUCUGUGGUGUGGACUCUACUAUUCUUUUAUAUUUAGAACGACUUUUAGAACUAUCUUCAUCGUUAUCUUUAUAGUUAUUGUUCUUGGUGUGAACGGGCCUUAAAUGAUAUGUCAGUGUUACAAAAUGUUAAGCACUUAUAAUGGUCUGUAAGAUUUCAUGUAUUGCACCUUAAUUGCUGAUUAAGUGGUUGUCAUUUGCACUCGUAAGAACAGAAUAACUCCAAAUAUAGUGGAACUGUAUCUAGUGUUUUAGUAUAGAAAUUAUUAUAUCCUUUUAUGCUUUUUAAUGGAGUUCCUAACAAAUCUUGGGUCAUGUGAGCCCACCAACACAAUGCAAUGUGAACAGACAGCAAUCCUGUCCACUUUUUCCACAUAUAUCUUUUGUUGUUUAAAUAUGUUUCAAAUAAUUUGGUAUGUUCAAAUACGGUAUUCAUGUUUUUUAUGUGCACAUUAGGGUAUAACAUGGAUCUUCUACUACAUUUUACACAAUGGCAGUAUACAACCAGAGCAGGACACUGUAUCCAAUAAUGAAAUGCAUUAGACUUCAUUUUCUAUUCAUAGCAUAACAAAUUAACUGGUAUUGUCAAUUGCAAAUUUUAACAUCUCUUUUUCUUGGCUUACUAAUUGAUCACACAUGAAAAGGUUACACAAAAUUGGAUUCAGAUUGCAAAAGAAUUUAUGGUCAAUAUCACUGCAUAAUGCAUAUUUCUUUACAAUUAAGCCAUUGUUGAUUUAUAAAUUUUGUAUAAGUGACUGUUUUUAAAAUCUUUUACCUAACUUGGUGUUACUGGUAAAUAUCUCAAUAUGCUAUAUUAUCACCAAAUAUGGGAUUUAAUCUUUUUUUCAAUUUGUUUUCUUUCAAUUUGCACAGGUUUUGUAUUUCUUUUUGACACCGAUUGAUCAUAGGCCUCAUUGACCUGAGCAGUUCCAGAAAGAAACCUGUGCUAAGUGAAAGAAAACAAAUUGAUAAAAAGAUUGAAUCAAAUAUUUGGAAAUAACAUAGCAUAACAAGAGAUUUAUAAGAAAGAUUUAUAAUUUUUGUAAGCCAGUCAGGAACAAGGUGAAAAAAAAAACCCAAAAGUAAAAAAAAAUCUCAAAAGUAUUUUGGAAAGUUGUUAUACCCUGUCUGAGUAAAGUCAGUAAGUUUUAAUCCAAUGCUAUAACAUUAAAGCUAGGGUGGGUAGUAUCAGAGAGGCAAGCAAUAGCAAGCUAGCUUUGAAAGCAUAAGAUCACAUCCUCCCUUCAGAGUGCCCUCCAAAAAAGCCACGCCUCUUCGAUGAACGUGCACAGAGCCAGAGCAGAGUCUGUAAAGCGUCACGAGACAGUGUUAAAUUACCUCAUAUCUCAAACCAUAUAGCCUUACAUUACAAUAAUAAUUAACGUAAACAAGUUCUUACUGACCACCUGACUGCUGCAGAUUCAUUUCGGCGUUGAUAGUGUUGCCAUAAAAAACACAUAAAUCCGAGUCUAAGGAUGUGAACAGCUCCGAGUACAAAGUCACGGUUGCCAUCACUUAAUUAUGGUAGUUACAACAUGGCAUGAACUCAGCAUAAGCCUGUUGUUUUGGUUCAGGAGGAACUGUAAAAGGCGGCUGCUGUUUGUUUGUGGCACUCGGUGACUGCCUGUCUACAACUCUGCAUGUCUGCAUGGAUCGCGCUGAUGACAUGUGAUGUCUGCGUGAGCAGGGUGCAUUGACAGGCUGGUAGGACUUCGGUAGGACAUCGGACCAAAUGCAAUGAUUGGACGAAUAUUUUUUGGCUUCCACAGAAGACAUAUGUACAUUUAUAUAUCUAUUUAGACCACUUCUGUUAUUGAUUGCUAUCAGGAUGUGAAGAGAGUUUUAACCAGUAUAACAAAAAGAAUUCAUGAAAAACACGGCCUACCCUAGCUUUAACUAGCAUUUCAGGAAAAAGAUAAUCUUCUCUGGGUUAAAACGACUGGAACACAACAUGAGGGUUAGCUUAAGAGCUUUUCCACUCAUAUGAUACUGACAUCAUAAAGCACAUGAUUUUGAUCUCACGUGUAGCCUAUGUUUUGGCUAACAACACAACAUAGUUUUUUGUAAAUAUGUUUUGUACAUUUUAUAAUAGUCUUUAAAUAAAGAGAUUUUGACAUGUAAAACAGUUUGA